AUGUCUUCCUCAAGUGUCUGUCAAGGUUUCCAAUCGUGUCUUACGGAACCUCGUGUUCUGUGGCUAAAAUUGGCUCCACCCUUUGAAUUGCCUUCCCUUUCAGAGUCUGAGACGCACCCACUUACCCCGCCCAACACCAACUGUGAAAAAGACUGGCAACAGGACAAAAAUCCAAAUGCUGACAGGGGUGGCUGGACUUUUCUUCAAUCUCUUUGCAAUAAAACUGACAAGUAUGAAACCCAAAAAAUCUAUAUCCACCCUCUGGUAAAGCGCUCCUCUUCCUCCCUGAGUGCCAAGAGCUUAGAGAUGUGCACGGAGAGCUUGGGAUGCGAGACGGGCAGUGAUGGAAGCGAAGGCAGUGAUGACAUUGCCCUGUUUUCAUUAGAAAAAAACUCGUCCUCUUUGGCUACUCCAGACGGUGACAGAAAUCGUGUGUCAAAAAGAUCAAAUCGCAGUGUUACUAACUUUCCUCCUCCACUGUCUUCAAUGAGUAAAGAGGGAGGGGUUCGAGUUAGGCCUCGUCGUGAAGAUGGUCGUCUCAUCUUGGAAGCAAUGCCUUCCCCUUCUCAUCCUUCUCGUUUCAAAGCAGAGCGCAGCGAUGGCAGGCUUAGGCUUCAACUCUUGUCUACCGUCAACCAUUCUCUCAGUGAUGACGACGGAUCAAUUGAAGCAGAAGGAGAGCAAAAAGAAGAAGGGGCUGAAGAAGAUGUUGCAGAUGAGGUGGAGGAGUACUGGGAUGAGAAUGAAGGGGAUGAAACGGGAAUGAGAAAGAUCCCAAGGCCAAGCAGGUGCAACGAAAACGGGAACUUGAGCAACCAAAUGCUUGAAUGGGAGCCAUUCUGGGUGGCUACUUAA